AUGUCGUCGCAUUACCAGUUCUACACGCCAUAUACAGCGUCGACGGAGCGGAUGGAGAACAUGACUCCAGCCACUGAGGCGUGGUCUCCUCAAGGUCAGGUUCGGCCUCUCCCAGCCCGCCCAACCUACGUCUCCCCACAAGCUGGCGCAUGGGGUGCAGGCGUUCCAGCCCCAACCCCGACAGCGACCGCAGCAGCGGCCGCCGCUGUCAGUGCUUCACAGGGUAGAGACCACCUUGCACCUUUGAGCGUACCAGGCGAGGAAGGUCUCAUGUCACCAGGCUCUAACCAGCUCCACCAAAAUGAACGCGAACGUGAGCGCAAGGAAUAUCACCCCCAGCCUCCCGCUCGCAGGAGCGAGUGGGUAAUGUGGGUCGGUAAUGUUCCCAGCAACGCCUCGCACGAGGAGUUGUGGCGCUUCUUCAACACGACGACCCCUCCAUCCGCGAUGAUCAACCCGUCUGAGCCUUGGCGUGGUCCUUCGUCCAUAUUCUUGAUCUCGCGGUCGUCAUGCGCCUUUGUCAACUUCUCCUCACAGGCCGAUCUCGACCGCGCAGUCCCUUUCUUCCACGGCCUCUCGCUCCGUCCUUGGGACCCUCGAUGCCCUCGCAUGGUUUGUCGCGUCCGCCACAAGGACGACGAUCUGCGAGCGGGUGUUGGCGCGCAGCGUGGUGUAGGGAUGCACCGUGCUUGGGUCGAGCAGCAUAAGCAACUCGAUAUGAAGCAGUCUCCCAAAUCGCAGAACUUGCAACUUCCGGACAACCCGAACAGCCAGUCUUCGUCGUCGAACCAUAGGAGCUCUGCGAGCUUUGCGAGCACCAACUCGAGUUUCCUGGUCCACCACUUCCCCAAGCGAUAUUUCAUCCUGAAGAGCUUGUCGAUUACCGAUUUGGAAGAUGCGGUCAAGACCCGCCAGUGGAAGACGCAGCGGCAUAACCAGCCCAUCCUCGAUCAGGCGUUCCGCACCUCUCAGGACGUGUACCUCAUCUUUGGGGCGAAUCGUUCUGGCGAGUUCUUUGGUUACGCCAAGAUGACAGCACCCAGUCUCCACAUUCGCACUGCUGCCAUGCGCCCAUCAUUCGGCUCCAUCAGUUCGCUCGCGCCCCUCAGCCCUGCACACGAAGAGCAACGAGGAGCCAGGCCGCAACUGUCUACGCCGGCUCCCAUCAUCCGUGAAGAGGGCGAAUCUCCUAGGUCGCCUGUGGCACGUUCUGCCACGGACCCCUACUACCGCCGCAAGUCGACCGCGUUCCUCCAUCCGGGUCAGCGUGCGUCGUCGCCUGGCCCGAUCGAGGAGGAGGACGAGCUCCUUUUGCCGUUUAGCCACCUAGAGGUGUCCGCCCAACCCGAAGACGACGAAGGCAUGUUCCGUUCCGAGUCACCGGAGAUGUUUGAGGAAGCACUUCGGCGAGCUAGUGCCAACACCCUUGACCCCAACCUUCUCCGCGGCAGGCGCGAGUCGAGUCGCCUCUCGAGACUCGGCCGCAUUGAGCAGUCCUCGUCGCUUCAGAUCCCGGUCGGCGGUGGUCCCGUGAUCCGGCGGGAGUCGACGAUGGCCCCAAUCGUCCGUAAGGAGACCGCGGACCCUGCCAAGCCUGAUGAAGGCGGUGCCGAUGGCCUCGCUGCGCCGUUCAAGUUGGAGUGGGUCAAGGUGGCGCCACUUAGCUUCUUCCGCACACGCCACCUACGGAAUCCGUGGAACGGUGACCGCGAGGUGAAGGUGUCUCGUGACGGUACUGAAGUUGAGCCGAAUGUUGGACAGCUUCUGAUCAACGAAUGGGAAAAGUUGGACACGGAGGCGAACCCUGCCAGCGAAGAUGCCCCGGACGCGGCACACGAAGCGACCGAGGUAACGGACAGCGGGGAGAAAGCUGCUGAUUCUGUGGCCACUUGA